UUGCCACUGCACACACCUGUAGGGAAGUAGAGAUAAGAAGCAGCGUGAGAUCAACAGAGUAAAGAGAAAGAAGGAACUGGCAUACCAGACAAAGCCGCAGAGCUCGUCUGAUCAUCAUGUUUUCGUCCAAACCGGAGGAGCAGCUAAGCCAGGAGCUGAGCUGUCCCAUCUGCCUCCAGCUCUACCUGGACCCGGUGGUUCUCCCCUGUGGGCACAACUACUGCCGAGCGUGUAUCUCCAAGUCUGCCGACCCCACGGGCAAGAUACUCCCGCGCUGCCCGGAGUGCCGCGAGGAAUACCAGGGCGUCGGUUCCCUGCAGAGAAACUUCAAGCUCUGCAACAUCAUUGAGGGAUACCGGGCCACCGCAGCGCAGCUGGACGGCCGGACGGCCGGCAGCGAGAGGGAGAGGAAGGUUCCCAGUGCACCGCUGGACAGCCAGACGCCCGAGAUGGAGACGGGGAUGGAGACGGAGAUGGGGAAGGCCACGGUUUUCUGCGACCACUGCAUAGACGAGCAGACGCGAGCGGCGAAGACCUGCCUGAAGUGCGAGGUGUCGCUGUGCUCCAGGCACCUCCAGCGACACCACGAGAAGGAGUCGUUCCGGCUGCACGCCGUUGUGGAGCCCCAGAACGAGGUGCGGCCGAGGAGCUGCCCCGUCCACUUCUGCCCCCUCGAGUACUUCUGCUCCGACGACAUGUCGUCUCUGUGCACCAAGUGCUUCGUUGAGGGUCAUCACAAGAAUCACGACGUCCUCACCUUCAGCGUGGCCGAAGAGGAGAUGCGGCGAGCCCUGGAGACGCGCAACAAGGUUAUUUUCAGCAGACUGCAGCUGACGGAGAGUCUCCUCAAGAAGACGGUGGAGGAGCAGGGAGCGUCCGAGGCUGUCGGGGACAAAAUGGUCAACAAGGCGGCGUCCAUCAUGGACAACAUGGCUGCACUGGUGGACAGGUACAGGGAGCGUCUGCAUGUGCUGCUGGAGGAGGAGAGAGGGCAGCACAGAAAAAGCUUGAAGUUUGGAGUGAGCGCGCUGGAAGACCAACAGCAGCAGCUGCUGGACGCCCACAGGAGCGCCACGAAGGUCCUCGCUGAAACCGACACGUUCGCCUUCAUAAACAGCUUCAUGAUGAUUGAACAGAAGCUGAGGGAGGUCGUCACAGGCAGCGUUCCCAACAAAGUCGCCCUGAAACCUACGCUCAACACCAAGCGCUUCCAGACAGGCCUGAAAACCCAAGACUUCCGCUCCGACAUGAGCCUCCUCCUGGACUCGCUCCACGUCCUGCUCAACCCCCUGGAGCUCACCUUCAACGUGUGCACCACCCACCCCAACCUGCUGGUGUCCAGCGACCUGCGCACGGUGCGGUGCGGCAGCAGCAAGCAGCCGUACGUGGAGCACUCGGAGCGCUUCACCACGGCGCCCCAGGUCAUGUGCAGCCAGAGCUUCUCCAGCGGCGAGCACGUGUGGGUGGUGGAGGUGGGAACCAGCUGCAUGUGGUCCGUGGGCGUUUGCUACAAGAGCAUCCCUCGCCGCGGCGACCACAGCCGCCUCGGACACAACUCCCUGUCCUGGAGGCUGCAGUGGAAGAACAGCAAGCUGACCGUGUGCACGGGCUCCAGCAACGUGGCCUUGGGAGAAAUGCCCGGCCAGCCGGUCAGGAUCGAGGUCGCGCUGGACUACGAGGGGGGGACGUUAACGUUCCACAGCGUCAAAGGUCGCCGGGAGCACCUGUACACCUUCAGGGCCGCGUUCAAGGAGCCGCUUUUCCCAGCGUUCAGUAUUCACUCGACCACUACGGAGUCCUGGAUCACACUGCACAACGGGGUUUGAGAAGUCGUUCAUUCUGUCUAAUGCAGGGGUCGGCAACCCGUGGCUCUUGAGCCACAUGCGGCUCUUUAGCGCCGCCCUAGUGGCUCCCUGGAGCUUUUUCAAAAAUGUUUGACCUUUUUUUUUCCUUUUUUUCUUCUUUUUUUUCCUUUUUUUCUUCUUUUUUCUUUGUUUCUCUUUUUUCUCCUUUUUUUCUUCUUUUUUUUCCCUUUUUUUCUCUUUUUUUUCUUUUUUCCUUUUUCUCUUUUUUCUUUUUUCUUCCUUUUUCCAUUCCUUUUUAAUCUCAACAUUUCGACUAUUUUCUCGAAAUUUUGACUUUUCUCUCAACUUUUUUCUCAAGAUUGUACUUCAACAUCAAUCUCGACAUUUCGACUUUUUUCUCGAAAUUUUGACUUUUUUCACAAAACUCUGACUUAUUUCUCGACAUUUCGACUUUUUUCUUGACAUUUCGCCAUUUGCCUUCAUUCUAAGGCUUAUACAAGACUUUUCAUUUUUUGCGGCUCCAGACAUAUUUGUUUUUUGUGUUUAUGGUCCAAUAUGGCUCUUUCUACGUUUUGGGUUGCCGACCCCCGGUCUAAUGUAUAAAAAUUCUAGAAACAUCUUCUCUUUGUACAUCAAAUGUCUGAAUGAAAAUACACUUAAACAAUCUAAUGUAUGUCUUCAUGUAUUUCUUUUUUUUGUUGAGAAAAAUCUUUAUUCAAGUUAAAACAACUAUAGACAAUCAGAGCAAACAGAGCAAACAGAAACAGGCACUGGGGAAUAAAGAAAUGUUACAAAGUAAAUACAAAAACAUUUAUUUAAUUUCAAUUACAAAUCCUUUAUAUGUAGAACAAUAUAAGAAAUAUAUACAUUUAAGGCACUUCUUAUUCACUUUUUUGUUUAGCAUCGGUUUCGGUAUCAAUGUAAGGAUUGAACUAAUUUGUAUGAAAACAUUGAAGUUUGGGAGGGACUUGGAACACUUACUUUUGUAUAUAUGGAAUUGAUACAAUUGUUUUAUGUACUAGCCUAAUUAAGUAACAUAAAUUAAGCAUCUUAAUCAUACAGGGAUAUUUGUUCAUAAAUCAUUUUUAUUCUUGAUUUUGCUGUUUUUUAUGGAAUAAGUAGAUUAAUAAAAGUUUUCCACAAAUGUAUUAGUUAUGUGGCUUCAUCCUGAGAUGCCAACACUGACCAUUUUGCCAUUUUGUAUGUUUAUUCAAUAUUGUGUGUCUUUGUGUACAGUAAACCUUGACCCGCAUGAUUACUGACGUUUGGGAUGAGCUUUUGACAUACUUUGUGUUUAUGAUACAAAUAAACUGUGUUUGUCUCUUCGCAAAGUAUUAAUGCAUAUAU